UCGCUGAGGUUGAGUCUCUAACCGGUCAAAAGAAUAACGAUAGAGAUUAUGAUGGUGAACGUGAUGAUGAGACCGGUUCCGGCAAAAGGUGUACGAGGAGAAUUAUUUGGUCAUAUUAUGGCUGGUGGUGAUGAGAAACCAACUUUCCAUCUGCCAUUGCUAUUUGUGCAAAACUUUCAUCUAUUGGAGAAAAAAAAUAGAGAAGGUAGAUCGAGGGGAUGUGAUGAGAGAGAGAGAAAGUUAGUACAAUAGUUAUUAAUUAAAGAGAAUUGCUAAUUUGACUAACACCACAAGAAAAUAUCAUUUAACCUAAUAUCGUGUCGAGAGUGUUGCUAUUUGACACUUCUAAUACUAGAUCAGGUAACAUACUAUGAUUAUACUAUGAUUAGUGAUACCCCAUAAUACUUAUUAAAUUAAAAUAAAUGAAAUUGAUAUUGAAUUACACUCAUGACACCUCAUAUCAUAUGCCUGCCCGUGAGAACUAUAUUUGCCUUGCGCCAUGAAGACCGGUGGCCAUAUUAGCACGUUUCUCUCUAAUAAAAUAUUGUAGAGAGGAGAUAAUAUAAAUUAAUAGACCGUACAAUGAAAGGCAUUAAUAAUUAAAGAAAGAAGGAAGGAAAAUUCAGGUGACCGGAUGAUGUGGUUGUGGAUCAUAUCGAGGGUGGCCCCCUAAAUACAGGACAGGGUCAAAGCAAAAGACGUAUAUAUAUAUAUAUAUAUGCAUGCAACCAUGAAGACAUUUAUUUAAAUAUAUAUAUAUAUUUAUAUACAUACGUGCAAGCAAACAAGAUUACAUUCUCUUCUCUGUUCAUUUCACACUCAAUUUCAUCAAAUGGGUUUGGAUUUCCUCACCAAGAAGCCAUAUUCGCCUCCUUCAUGGGCCUCUCACCUCAAUCCCAUACCUUCUCACUUCAUCUCUCUCGCCCAUCUUCCUACUCCUAUUCACAAAUGGAAUCUUCCUAAUUUGCCAAACAACACUCAAGUUUGGUUAAAGCGUGAUGAUCUUUCUGGGAUGCAAUUGAGUGGUAGCAAAGUAAGGAAGUUGGAGUUUUUGCUGGCAGAUGCUGCAGCACAAGCUGCCGAUUGUGUCAUAACAAUUGGAGCAAUCCAAAGCAACCACUGCCGUGCAACUGCCGUGGCCGCCAGAUAUCUCAAUCUCGAUUGUUAUGUUAUAUUAUUCACCUCUAAGGACUUUGUGGACCAAGAUCCAGGAUUGACAGGCAAUCUCCUGGUGGAGCGGUUAGUUGGAGCUCACGUUGAACUAAUUUCAGAAACAGAAUAUGCAAAUAUUGGGAGUGUGGCUCUUACCAACCACCUCAAAGAAAAGCUGAUAAGUGAAGGGAGGAGGCCAUAUGUCAUUCCUCUUGGUGGAUCAAACUCCUUAGGAACCUGGGGCGAUAUUGAGUCGAUUAGAGAGAUUGAGCAGCAACUCCAAAGUGGGAAUAAUGCUGAUUUAAAGUUUGACGACAUUGUUGUAGCUUGUGGCAGUGGUGGUACAGUUGCUGGUGUCUCAUUGGGAUCAUGGAUGAGCUCGCUCAAAGCAAAAGUUCAUGCAUUCUCUGUUUGUGAUGAGCCCGACUACUUCUAUGACUUUGUGCAAGCCCUAAUUGAUGGCCUUGAGGCUCAUGGGGUUGCCUCGCGUGAUAUUGUUACCAUACAAAAUGCCAGAGGUAUGGGAUAUGCAAUUAGUACUCCAGAGGAGACAAAAUUUCUUAUGGACAUUGCUGCAGCCACUGGUGUUGUUCUUGACCCUGUUUAUAGUGGGAAAGCUGCUUAUGGAUUGUUGAAAAAUAUGAGUGAGAAUCCAAAGAAGUGGGAAGGGAGAAAGAUCCUCUUUAUACACACUGGCGGGUUGCUAGGGUUGUAUGGAAAGGCUGAGCAAAUGGAGGUAGGAAAUUGGCGCCGAAUGGACAUCCCUAAAUCUGCUUCACCCGAGGAUGGUAUUGUAAAAAUGUUCUAAGAAAAAUAGCUAAUAAACAAAUCAGCGGGUUGUGAAGUUGGUUUGCUUUCCUUCUAUUGAAGGGGUUCAUUCAACAAAAAUAUCAAUAAAAGGACAAAUAAGUACUUGGACUGCCCUAGGGUUUAGGGUUUAGGUGCAUUGAGUAGGUCUUUUAUGUUUUAGUAAUCAAAUCCCCCAUCUUUAUUGUUUUUCCCAUAUAAGUCCCCAAUGCUAUAUAAUAUUUUAACAAUAACAACAUUGAUAAAAUAACACCCAUUUGUUUCUCUUUA